AUGGCACAGAUCAAUAUUCAAUUGGGUGAAAUGUUCGGCCAGGCCAUAUUAGACUUCUGCGAAGAACACAACAUUGACAUCAAUAUGCUGGAUUUGAUGGGUAGUCAUGGCUUCAAGAUCAUCUUCAUCGGCGAGAGAGCUAUCAUCAGCGGUAUGACAUGGAUCACUACAGUCACCGAAUUCAGGACUUGCGAACAGGCUGUCGGGAGACAAGGCGCAACUCUAGUCGCCUUAUUGGACGAUAUUCUUUUACACCACCCUACGAAGUGGCAGAAAUAUCAGAACAUCGGAGGCAUUGCCAAUGUCUGCUUCAUCCCUCCAGACAGUGAAGGCGGCAUACACAAGAUGAUUGACUGGGAUUGCGGACAUUGA